AGUUUCUUUCGGUCUCCUCUCCUUUUUUAAAGAGGAAGCGGUGUUUAAUUGCACACAUUUCAGUUACACAGAGAGUAUCAAAGGGAAUGAAAUGUCUUUUUAUGGACGAUCCUGUUGAUGAAGAAGCUGUAUUAAUUAGUAGGGAGUUGCAUUUACAUCGGGAGAUUUUGAGGCCCAGAGUGGUUUUUGGUCAUAUCCCUAUGCAUUUUUAUUUGAGCGGUAGCGUUUUUCUUUACGGUCAAUAAGAUACAUUCAUAAUCUCAUCCAUCCUUACGUCAGAAACAUCAGCCAUUGCGGCCGUGCUCUUACAUCCGAGAAGAUGCUUUGCGUUGCCUUACGUUUCUUUGCAAAUGGUAAUUUUGUGUAUAACAUCGGGGAUGCAGAACAUAUUAGUAAGGCUACUGAUUGCAGAGCGGUCAGGAAAGUGUGCCUCGCUCUUAAGCACUUUCUGACCAUUUUUGUGUUGUUUCCUGAUAAAAUAAAAUACUGUUCUUCCGGUUUCACCUCUGAUAUUAUAACAGUUGGGAAAUUACUCUUAAAUAGUUCUUAAUUACUAACUACAUUUUCAACAAGUCUAAUAAGAUGAAUGUAAUAAUUACUAUCUUUAGAAAGUAUUGGUCUACUUACUAAUUUGGUCUCCUUACUUAUUAGUUACUUUCUAAAUCCCCAAAUCAACCUUAACCACUUGAACAAUAAGGAGAGACAAGAAACUUCUACAAUUGCAUGAAUUAUUCUUGAACAAAGUGUGUAACUAGAGGCAGUUUACAUUAAAAGUAUACCUUUUAAAGGUAUUUAGGGUUUUAUUUUUUAUAAAGUUUUUUUUUAUUACGUGAGUGUUCAAAUUCUCCAUAUGCUUGCAUAAGCACUUCCAGUUCUGCUGGUGAGAAAUAUGCACUUUUUUUGUCUGGCGCUGUUGCCAUGGUGACUCGUUAUAUCUGCGCUCCAUUGAUAAUGGCUUUUUAUAGUUGUGGUGCUCGCGCUUAACUCAGAGUCAGUAAAUUUAGGGUUGAUAAAACUAACUCUUUUCAGCUGUUCUGUAACCGAAAACUCAGAGUUUCCCACCUCAGGGUUUGUCAACUCAGAGUUCAAGUUUACACUCAGAGUUGGUUCCUUUCUGGAACAGGCCCCAGGUCAUGGCUGUGGUUGGAUUAGGAAUAUACGGGACCUCAACCUCCGCCUGCCGAUGUGUGUAUAAAUGGCGGGCGUCCGCUUAGAGCCGCUGGUAGAAGCGCGAGCGUCAUGGACAUCAGUGAGGCGGCGGCUUUACGGCGCAACAUUAAACAGACUGUUCGGUUUUUACACAAGGAUACCGCCGACUUUCUGCCCUUAGAUGGCCUCAAGAAACUCGGGACGUCUAAAGAAGGGCAACCACACAACAUUCUCCAGAGGGGGUUGCUGGAGGCCACCUUAUCACGGAACAGAUUGAACAACCGAAACAUGAGACCACCACACAGUCGUAUGGUUCAAAGCCACAGCAUGCACAGCAGCACUCAAGAGGCUGAGACUGACCUCAUUCAAGUCACUGGUUAGUGCUUUGGGCAGUAUAUGAUCCUUACUGUUGACACUGGCUGUAUCCAAAAUAUAUCAUUAGUCAGCGUAGAGAAUCUUGGCUUUAAAGAAAAGAUCAUCAGUAAUAAGAAUGAGGAUCAUUUAGGGCCACUUCAGUACAAUCUUAAAAACACAUCACAAAUCAAAGGACAAAUCAAAAGUUUGGUCAUUGGGCAAACAGAAACAGAUCUAUUAUAUACUGUUGUGGUUAAGUAAACCAAAAUGUUUAUAUCGCUGGGUACAAAGACACUCAAGUUUCUGAAGUGUGUUAUUGACACUGGAAAGCAGAUGCUUGUGUUUGGAAAUUCUGUGCGGGAACAAGUCCAUUUUGUUGGAAAACGUGAAAAUGAAGUCUCCAUAGAAUAAGAAGAAGCAACAAAUAUCUACAUUCUUUUCUCAUGAAAACAUGUAUCUGCAAAGGAAAUUAAGUUUAAAGCGCUUGGGGUCAUCAAGUGAAUCCAUCAAGCUUGUGGGCUAUCGUUAUCAGAUCAACCUUUUUCCACUUCCUCUGUACAGAUCUCAUUACGAGCUAAUUAUCUUAGCAAGGCAUAGCUGGUUUUAGCCUCAGUAACUAAAGAACUAUAAUUCUGGAUAUACAAACAAGAAUAUUUGCAUAUACUGAGAUCUACUAGAGCAGAUGUUUUUCUUUGUAAGCUAUACUCUCCGUUUUUUUAAGAGCUCACUCUUGACUCGUACCUUCAUAAUAUCGUCUAUUGCACUGCUGCCACAUGACUGAGAACAUUAAAGAAUUAGCAUUAUCACUUACACAAUGCAUAUUUAGGUAAAUAUUACAAAUAGCAAAGUAAAGUGUAUGUUCACAAAAGUGUUUUGUUUAAGAAUACUCUACUAGAAAGAUUUGUACUGACAUCCUGUGAUGGGGUAUUUUGUCAACUACAUGCUUCAAUUAAAUAAAGGUUAAGGAUGUUAAACACA